GUGCGCGGCGCGCGGUGACGGAGCGGGUCGGCCGCGUCUCUUUGUUGGCGCUGAGGCGGCCGAGGCGCGGCGGGGCCGGGAGUGAGGGUGGGGGGCGGGCGGGAGCCUCCAGUUCACCGCCUCGCCAUGGACUCGGACGAGGGCUACAACUACGAGUUCGACGAGGACGAGGAGUGCAGCGAGGACAGCGGCGCGGAGGAGGACGACGAGGACGACGAAGAGGACGAGCCCGACGAUAACCUGGACCUGGGCGAGGUGGAGCUGGUGGAGCCCGGCCUGCGCGUCGGCGGCGAGCGGGACGGGCUGCUGGGCGGCGAGACGGGCGGGCUGGGCCCGGGCGGCGGCGGAGGGCUGGGCGGCGGGCCGGGCCCCGGCGGCGGCGGCGGCCCCGAGCAGGAGGAGGACUACCGCUACGAGGUGCUGACGGCCGAGCAGAUCCUGCAGCACAUGGUGGAGUGCAUCCGCGAGGUCAACGAAGUCAUCCAGAAUCCAGCGACUAUCACUCGAAUACUGCUUAGCCAUUUCAACUGGGAUAAAGAGAAGCUGAUGGAGAGGUACUUCGAUGGCAACUUGGAAAAGCUCUUUGCGGAGUGUCAUGUAAUUAAUCCAAGUAAAAAGUCUCGAACGCGCCAGAUGAACACAAGGUCAUCAGCUCAGGAUAUGCCUUGUCAGAUCUGCUAUCUGAACUACCCCAACUCGUACUUUACUGGCCUAGAGUGUGGACACAAGUUCUGUAUGCAGUGCUGGAGUGAAUAUUUAACUACCAAAAUAAUGGAGGAAGGCAUGGGACAGACCAUUUCAUGCCCUGCUCAUGGCUGUGAUAUCUUAGUCGAUGACAAUACAGUUAUGCGUCUGAUCACAGAUUCCAAGGUGAAAUUAAAGUACCAGCAUUUAAUAACCAAUAGUUUUGUAGAGUGUAAUCGACUGUUAAAAUGGUGUCCUGCCCCAGACUGCCACCAUGUUGUUAAAGUCCAGUAUCCUGAUGCUAAACCUGUUCGCUGCAAAUGUGGACGUCAGUUUUGCUUUAACUGCGGUGAAAACUGGCACGACCCUGUUAAAUGCAAGUGGUUAAAGAAAUGGAUUAAGAAGUGUGAUGAUGACAGUGAAACUUCUAAUUGGAUUGCAGCAAACACAAAGGAAUGCCCAAAAUGCCACGUCACCAUUGAGAAGGACGGGGGCUGCAACCACAUGGUCUGUCGGAACCAGAACUGCAAAGCUGAGUUCUGCUGGGUGUGUCUGGGCCCCUGGGAGCCUCAUGGGUCUGCCUGGUACAACUGCAAUCGUUACAACGAGGAUGAUGCAAAGGCAGCAAGGGAUGCACAGGAGAGAUCCAGAGCAGCCCUGCAGAGGUACCUGUUCUACUGCAACCGCUAUAUGAACCACAUGCAGAGCCUGCGCUUUGAGCACAAGCUCUAUGCACAGGUGAAGCAGAAGAUGGAGGAAAUGCAGCAGCACAACAUGUCAUGGAUUGAGGUGCAGUUCCUGAAGAAAGCAGUCGACGUCCUCUGCCAGUGUCGUGCCACACUCAUGUACACUUACGUCUUUGCCUUCUACCUCAAAAAGAAUAAUCAGUCCAUUAUCUUUGAGAAUAACCAAGCAGACUUAGAGAAUGCUACAGAGGUGCUUUCUGGGUACCUUGAGCGAGAUAUCUCCCAAGAUUCACUGCAAGACAUAAAGCAGAAAGUACAGGAUAAGUACAGAUACUGCGAGAGUCGACGAAGGGUUUUGUUGCAGCACGUGCAUGAAGGCUACGAGAAGGACCUGUGGGAGUACAUUGAGGACUGAGACUGGCCCUGCAUAAAACGAACUCUGAAACUUUUACCAUCUAGAGCGCUCAUGCGAUAAAAAUAAAAACACACACAAGGCGCUGCGCCUGUUACACCGCUGGUCUGUAGAACCGGGUUUCUGUUUUGUUAACAGAAAAUUUAAGUAAAUUAUAUUGUAAUAAAAAAAAAAAAGGUAGAUAAACCAUUGUACAACAGUAUUCUAGGCGGCCAAUAAGAGUGUGACAGACUCACUAAAAAAAAAAAAAAAACCAACAAAAAAACAACCCUCCAACUUUAACUUGUAACGUAGCUUCAUUUUCCAAGCAGACUCCUUUUUCUUUUCUAUCUUUCUUUUCCUGUGUGUAGUACAGAUGAAAUUUAAACCAGUUUCUCGACACUGCUUUUCAUGUCCAAACCAGCCAUUUUGAUGUACUUUGGUAAGGGGGGAUGCCUCCCGCCCCCCUCCUCCUCUCUGCCCCCCCAGUACACAGAUGAAUGUUGAUUGGCUCCUUGUAAAGAUGACUUUUUGGGGAGGGGAGGAGGGGGGUACACAGCAAGGAAAAAAACUUUGUAUAUGACUUUUAAAACAGAAAAAAAAAAAAGAGGACAACACAGUAUUUUUCAAAGUUGUAUAUAGCGCAUAUGCAUGGACAAAGAGCAAGCGUGGCACGUGUUUGCAUAAUGUUUAAUUACAAAAAAAUAUUUAUUCUUUAAAAAUCUUCAAGAUUAUGUCUAUUUGCUGUGCAUUUUCUUUCAGUUUGAUUUUUUUUUUUUCUUCCUCUUGUUCUGUUUUCCCUGGGAUGGGGUGGGGGAAGCGUGUGCUGGUGUAGUGACUUUUUGGAAGGCUUUCACCAGAGAAGUUGGAGUUCUCCUCUUCGUGCAGUUCCUUUACGUCCGUCACCCUGUGCAUACCCAUUGCUGGCGACGGACCCGUCCCGCUGAGCUCCUGACACUCGGUAUCCCGCCGUGCAUUGCAUUCGUGAAGAGUGUACAUUGUGAUUCAGGAUGCUUUGCCUUUUUUUCCCCCCACCCUGUGUUUUUUCUUCCCCCACACUGGUACUGCUUGACCUGCCCCAGUCCAACUCUGCUGUUCCCAUCCACGCACGCAGGACACGCGCUCAGCCUCCAGGAGCUGUGUGGAUGUGUGUGUGAUUAGAGUUGUUUUCUUAUUUCUCUGAACUCCGAGGCAGGACAAGGAGGGGUAUUUCGCACCACUUCUCCAAAGACUGGCACGAUUUCGGCUGUGGAUCUCCUCUCCCAUCCCCUCUCAUCUGUCCAACGGAGCGUUCCUUGCUGUUAAGUUUCACUUACAUUAUGAUGAGUCGUAACAUUGAAAAGGAGAGAUGAUGGAAUUGUCUUUGUGUUUGUUUUGGGCUCAGUUUCCGGGCAUAGCGUCCCGGCAACUAUUUAACACUCCAUCUAGCGCAGUAGAAAUUGAGAUCAAGGGGUAUUUUUCAAUUAAAAGGGGAAAAAACUAAUGAGCUAGCUGCUGAGUCCAUUUUUAUGAUUUCUGUAACAAGAGCUAUGUUAAAGUAAACAAUUGGUGGUGGUUUUAUUAAAUCUACUCCUGUAUAGGAA